UGUAAUAAUUGUUCAAUAAUUUGCACCAUAAUCUAGGCUAUCGGAAGAAACCGAAGGUCUCCCAACUUUCCUCUCUUACUUUUCUCGUCUUUCUCAGAUGGCGGACGAACUCGAAGAGCUCCUUGGUUUUCUCUCCUCGCCUUCUACACAAGUGAAGAAGGCCGCGUUGGACAUCGUCCGUGGCCUAACGGGCUCCGAUGGCGGCAUCGAGACCCUGGCCUCGUGUUCGGACUUCGUUCUCCCACCGCUUUGCCGCCUUCUUCGCGAUGUCUCAGAGCUUGCUGUUCCCGCCGCUGAGGCGCUCAUCAACCUCUCCCAAAACCCGACCCUAGCUGAGAAGCUUGUCUCGCUCCGAGCCGUUGAUACGGCAGUGGAGGUGAUUUACAAGCAGGGGGGUAGCGAUGGUAGGCUUUCGAAGCUUCUUGUUAUGCUGUUAGUCAAUCUCACCCAAUUGGACUCUGGCAUCUCUUCCCUACUGCAGGUUGGUGAUGAUAAAUUUGAAGGCUUGUUUCUCUCCAAGCUUGUUAGGUCGUUUUGCAGAUCUUCUUCCAGUGACUCAACUGAGAGUACCUAUGAACAUGUCGCUUCAAUUAUUGUGAAUGUUUCAAAAAUGGAAGCUGGAAGAAGAAUUUUGUUGCAGCCAAAGGGAAGCCUACUUAAGCAAAUCAUAAGGCAAUCAGACUCGGCAAAUCCACUGAGGAAGAAAGGAGUGUUGGGAACUAUCCGCAAUUGUUGUUUUGAUGCAGAUAGGCAACUGCAGAAUUUGUUAAUGUUAUCAGAGUUUCUUUGGCCAGCUCUACUUCUACCUGUUGCAGGAAAGAAGUCUUACAGUGAACAAGAUACGGCAAAGAUGCCUCUUGAGCUGGCUAAUGCACUUUCUCAUGAACGAGAGCCAGUUGAUGAUCCAGAAAUUCGCAAGCAGGCAUUGGAAGCUCUCUACUUAAUUGCGUUGCAGGACGCUGGGAGAAGUGCUUUGUGGUCUGUCAACGGCCCACGAAUACUGCAACUUGGCUACGAAGAUGAGGAAGAUCCCAAAGUAAUGGAAGCUUAUGAGUUGAUCGGCUCUUUGGUUGUAAGUAAUGCUGGCUUCCAGGAGCAGUCGGACAGUAUGAAAGAGUAAAGCUGCUGGGUUGGCUGAACUGGCUAUAAUGAUCUAUUAAUUUCUUUUCUCAAAGAAGUAGGCCCUGUGCUUUUUAAAUCUCUUUCUUGUAAUAUGACGAUAUGAUAUUUAUUUAUCUUCUUUGUUGAAAUAUAAACAACAAAAAGUUUUUUUCGCUAA